AUGACAUGGCCGGCAGGGGCUCUCUGGUGGCUCGCAGUGCACAUCCGACACCCGAGGAAGCAGGUGCAGCACUGGCCUCUCUUCUCACAGUGCUCUGAGGCCCUUGCUCCGAUUUCCGCGACGAUGAAGGUUGUCAGCCAAGACGCUCCUCCUGACGAAGGGAAGGACAGAGGCGAGAGGGAGGAGAGCGGGGACGGAGACGAUGUUCGAAAGCGGAUCGCCGAUUUCUUCAGUUCGACCAGCAUCCAUGGCAUGGGGAGGAUUUAUGGGGUGGGCCGCUGGUGGAGAAAGGUCAUGUGGUGUUGCUUCUCGAUUACCAUGACUACGUGGGCGCUGUACCAGAUCGUCAGUGUGGCGGUCGACUACGGCAAAUACCCGAAGAAGAUCACCAGAAGCGUGGAAAAGGAUACGCCGACGGUGUUCCCUGCGGUGACGGUGUGCAAUCUGAGCCCGAUGCCCAGCGUGGAUGCCCUGAAGGAACACCCGACUUGGGGCGUCUUCAUCCAGGUCGAGACGAGCUUCAAUAACUCCAAUGAAUGCGACAAGGGCGUGGUGAAGAAGUCAAAAUUGGUCACGAACUCUACAGGAAAGCCGUUGCCUCAGGAGGAAGGCCAAGAAGAGAAUCUCGCUACUCAGGAGCUUAAGAUUUUGCAAGCAGAAGUGUUCCUGCGGGGACUCCUGAGGAAGCCGGAGAAGCAAGGGAACGCCACGGGGAGGAAGGGACACGCUGAGAUAAAGCGGUGGCUUGCGAGUGAAUGGGACAAACUGACCUCUCGCAAUAACGGAGAAUCCAAUAUGAAGGCUGGAGAAAGCACCGUGACAAGACGCAGGAAUACAGAAGGAACUGCAAAGAUAGGAAUCGCCAGGAGGAAUCCUCUCGUUGAAGAAGACAUUGCAGAGAAGAUCAAGAUUGUUAUGGAAUUCCUCGCCACGUCACACCUCAUGUGGCUCGAUGAUAAGGAUAGGAACAUCAUUUUAGAGAGACUGGACAAGAUUAUCCGAAAAUCACAGAAGGGCCACCGUGGGAAUUUCGUCGGGCGGGCCAAUAACACAAUGGGAGAUGGUAACUCGACUUCGAGAGAGGAUGUUAGAAAUUCAACGGAAAUCGAAAGGACGAGGGAAAGAUUCAGAAACAUGUUGGACGAAUAUUCUUCGCUGAAACAUGCCGGAGGGAGCUCGCGACGGUCAGGAAUCACAAGUCUCACCAAAUCAUCUUUGUCUAUGGAUGACCAGAGAAGACAACUGAGUUCAGCUUUUUUGUUGGCCGUACCUCAGGGUCUCAAUCAUACGUCAAGAUCAGUGAGAUCAUCAGUGUCUGAAGGGGAGUGUGGCGUCGGGUACGUGCCCUGCGGCGACGGAACCUGCUAUCGAGAACACAAGCGCUGUAACAACUGGCUUGACUGCGCUAACCGUGGCGAUGAGAUAAACUGCACAUGCGAUGCGGAUUUUUACAUGUGCUUUGGAAAGGAGAGAGUGUGCAUUCAUCAAACUCUCCUCUGCGACGGCUUUGGAGACUGCCUCUUUGAAGACGACGAGAUGGAAUGCGAGGUGUGUCGAGAGGGCGCGUGGCGCUGUAGCAACGGCCGGUGCAUCAGGGCCUAUUCAAGGUGCGACGGCAGAGACGACUGUCCGGACGGAGAGGAUGAAGUCUGGUGUGGAAGCGCCGAAGCGCCCUCCUGCGGCGAAGGCGACUUCCAGUGCGCCUCGAGCGGCCGCUGCCUCCCCGCCGUUCACCGCUGCGACGGACGAGAGCAAUGUGACGACGGCAGUGACGAGGAUGACUGCACGGAGUGUGCCGAGGGCCUCUUCCAGUGCGGGGACGACACCUGCCUCCCUCUCCACCUGGUCUGCGAUGGCGAGGAACACUGCGACGACGGCGCCGACGAAGCGGAUUGCUGGUCGUGGAGCAGCGAGUGUCCGGACAGCCUGCACUACGUCUGCUCCUCUGCUUUCUGGUCCGAAUACUGCCUUCACCCGCGGUUCGUGUGCGACGGCGUGACCGACUGCUGGGGUUGGGAAGAACAAGACUGCUAUGAGUGCAGUGAAUCAGCGUCCUCCUGCGGUGAUGGGACGUGCCUGCAGAAGUCCCAGUGGUGUGAUGGGCAAGACAACUGUGCCGAUGGACGGGACGAAGCGAACUGCACAGCAGGGUGCCAAGGGUUAGGCCACCACUGCGAGGGAGACGGCAGAUGUAUCAGCUUAUCCCUCGUGUGCGAUGGCCACACACACUGCGAAGAUGAAUCAGACGAGGCGGACUGCGAUGAAGGCUGCAGCAGCGAGGAAUUUCAGUGCAACAAUGGCCUAUGUGUUAGCAAAAGUUUUACGUGUGAUGCUGUAGAGGACUGUAUUGCUGGAGAGGACGAGAGGGAUUGUGAAUCCUGCGCUCCUCGGCGUUUCCAUUGUGAAGAGGACAACAUAUGCAUCCAUGAGCAUUACGUAUGUGACGAGGUUUUGCACUGUUCGAAUGGCAGUGACGAGUUCAACUGCGCAAGAGCCUGCCCGCAUGGUUAUUUCACAUGCAACAGUGGAUUGUGCAUCCACGGGGCAUUCCGCUGUGAUGGCGUGAACGAUUGUCGGUAUAAUGAGGACGAGUUAAACUGCGACGCGUGUGUGGGAGACGCGUUCCUCUGCCCUGAGGGCCGCUGCCUCCCUGCCUACAUGCGGUGCGACGGCGAGCCAGAGUGCGACGGCGGCGAGGACGAGAGGGAGUGUAGCGGAUGUCGACGUGGAGUAUUAUGUGAAGUCGAGAUGAUGCUCACUUGUUUGCCAGAAAAAAAUAUUUGCGACGGAAAUAUAGACUGCGCCUCCGGUGUUGAUGAGAUGAUGUGCUCCCAGUACUUGGUGGUAUGUCCCGCGGGUUACUUCCAAUGCAACGACAGCAGAUGCAUCCGAGAAAGAUACAAGUGUGACGGACUGAAUGACUGCCCAUUGGGAGAGGACGAGGAAGACUGUGACGCGUGUGUUGACGGAGGACAACUGUGCGAGGAGGAGAGGCGGUGUGUGUCGGGGCCAGUCCCUUGCUUCGACGAGGCGCUUUGUUCAGCUCCGUUCCAGCCUAACUGCUCUUCCCAGGCAGUGGCAACGGAUGCGCACUGUCAACCAGGCUACCUAUGGUGCGAGGGCGGAGGCUGCGUGAAUUACAGGUUCUUCUGCGAUGGUCGCCUCCACUGCCCAGGCGGAGAGGACGAAGUGAACUGUGAUAAUAUCCGUGCCUUCCCAUUGGCCAACGAAGUGCACUGGAUAAGGAUCAUGUGCAGUCAGUACUAUGCCGACCUGGUGAGCCUCCAGGACACGACUCCGACUGAGCCCCCUGCCCAUCUCUCCUCAUUCACAUGUGAUGACAACUACAGUGAGAUCGUCACGUGGAGUGUUAUCUGUCAGCUGGGAGUUUUCUGCGACAAUUAUGGUUGUUACGAUGAGUCUGCAUUGGAUUACCAAGAGACAUUCCCAAUGCAAGGCACAAUGUGUUCCGUGUGCGGCGGCGCCUCCAAAGUCUGCCAGCCAGUGAGAUGGGUAAACGACUGGCUUAUGGGCCUACUGGACCUGGAGACGCUGAGCAUAAUACUUCGCAAGCAGCGCGGGGAUUUCACCGACAUCGCCGAGCUGUAUGCGCCCUCGCGACACGACCAGGAGGCCUACGCCGUGCCCGCCGCCGACUUCGUGUACUCCUGCAGCUUCGAUAACACCCUCUGUGAUUACAGGGACUACUCGACGUGGACCAGCAACAGCUAUGGAACAUGCUAUACCUUCAACUCCGGCCUCGAGACCGCGGACUCUCCAAGCGUCACCCCGAGGACCACUUCCGUUUCCGGACCCAAGAACGGCCUGCGCGCGGUAUUCAACGUACCGGCCGGUCUCGCCCUACUGUCACCCGAAGAUGGGCUGCGGGUGAUCGUCCACAGCCCUUACCUCACGCCCGUGCCCGAGGAGGAGGGCUUCAACGUCGGUCCCGGAUCCUCGUCGGUGGCCGUUGGGCGGACUGUGUUCACGCGCCUUGGCCCCCCUCACGGUAGAUGUCAGUCUGAUCCUUCCAACACUCUUCAGUACUCUACCAUGAUGUGCAAACAGCUUUGCCUGGAGCGAGAAUACCGGAGGCGAUGCAAGUGCUACGCGCUCUUCGCCCAGGAACACAACGGCACGAAAAACGACCUGGAGGAAGUUGACAUCCGCUGCUCCCUCUUCAAUACCACUCAGAAGGUGUGCAUGAAGAAGAUAGCGGCAGACGAUCUCGAUGGCGUCUUGGAGUGUGACUGCCCAUUGCCUUGCCGAGAAACACAGUAUAGGUCACAGGUCACCUCAACGCGGGCGAACAUGCUGCACUAUGAACUACUUCACAAGCUCAGGAAAAAUGUUGCUAGUUUUUGCUCCGACAAAAUGGACACGGUUGUUCUACAUGUAUAUCUUGACUCCAUUUCCUACGAGCUGAUCGAUGAGAGUCCGACUUACACUUGGGAUACCUUACUGUGUAAUCUGGGCGGAUCUCUCGGCCUUUUCGUGGGUGUGUCCAUGUUGAGUAUCCUGGAAGUGUUAGAGCUCCUUGUGGAUUUGUGUAUCUUGACCUUUUCAAAAAAGAAGAGAGGACGGGAAGAUACAAGAGAAUGGAACCAAGACGAAGGAGAGUUAGUCAAGGUGCAAACACAAGGGGAGAAGAACGUGAACUUCGCAUGGAUGUUAGAUGGGAAAGUCGGAGAUUGCUCUGCCAAAUGUGCGUCGCAGUCCGAGGUGGAAGAAUUAAGAGGAGAGCUUCAGCAUUUGAAGAUGGCCUUUGCAACUCACACCAAAGAAACCAGAGCCAUCUUGGAGGCAAAGGCAGCCCGUCAGCACCAACCUCAGGAGAACAAGGACCUACACGAGGCUUUUCACACUUUGUUCAUGAACCAGGAACAGUAAGGGAUUAAUAACCUCGGAACCUCGUCGGAAUUCGAGGCGCACCGACCACGAUGGAAGAUUAUAGAGCUUUCUUUUCCUUCAUUUUGAGGUAAACCACAUUAGCCGAUUUCUGAGAAGGUUAAUGAUGAUGGUACUUGGUUAAUAUUAAUGAAUACGGGGGUGGAGAUAGGGUUGCUAUAUGGUUUAUUGUGAUUGAGUAUGACAAGUGCAAUGUGUCGUAAUAUAACGGAAACAUGUAAUACGGUUGCAUACCGUGAUAUGCGUGAAAUGUGACAUAAGUUUAAUGACAUGCUGAUCCAU